ACAAUGUUUGACAUUUGAUUUCUGUUAUGUUUAUGUCUUUUCAAGUCUUUUAAUUGUUGUUUGCAAGUGUACUACCGGUAUUCGUUUUCAGUUGUUUUCAGUGGACAAUUUACUAGAAUUAUUUUAUAAAUUUUAAACCGUAAAUCCAGGUGCUUUUAGAAAUAUGAGUGAUACAAAAGAAGAUAAAAGAAAAAGAUCCGGUGAUGCCGAUUCUGAAGAAGAGGAGGAAUGGAUAGGGCCACUACCAUCCGCUGCUGCACCUCCAAAGAAACGGAAAGUUCUAGAGUACGAAAAGUUAUAUCUGGAUAAUCUGCCAUCGACAGAAUGCUACGAGAAAUCUUUCAUGCAUCGAGAUACAAUUUCGCAUCUGGUGGUAACAAAAACGGACUUUAUUAUCACCGUGAGUGUGGAUGGACACGUAAAAUUUUGGAAAAAGAUGGAACAGGGAAUCGAAUUCGUCAAACAUUUUCGUAGCCAUUUGGCUCCGAUAAAUGCUCUUGCGGCUAAUUCGAACGGCUCGUAUCUUUGUACCGCUUCAGAAGACAAGAACGUUAAGGUGUUUGAUGUGGUCAAUUUUGAUAUGAUCAAUAUGCUUAAACUAGAUUACGUGCCCUAUCGGGCCGAGUGGAUCCACAAUACUGGGGAUGCGAUUGCCUAUUUAGCAGUAGCGGAUCAGGAUUCUAGCAAAUUGUAUGUGUACGAUGGAAAGGGUACCAGCACUCCACUACAUGUCCUGGAGAAAUUACAUACGCAACCAGUAGUGCUCAUCAAAUUUAAUCCCGUUUAUGAGUUGACGAUUUCAAUCGACAAAGCUGGUAUAUUAGAGUACUGGUUUGGGCCUCGGUACGAUUUUAAAUUUCCAUCCAAAGUUGUUAACUUUGAAUCUAAACUCGACACCAGUUUAUAUGAAUUCGCCAAAAACAAGGCCAUGGUCAUUUCCCUAGCAUUUUCUCCGGACGGAAAAAAGUUUGCUACCGUUUCUGCGGAUAGGAAAGUUCGUGUUUUUGGACUAUUGAGCGGAAAAUUGUUGCGCGUAUAUGACGAAAGUCUCGCGCGGUAUAGCGAAAGUCAGCAGCUUUCGCAGGCUCUUUCUAACAUGGAAUUUGGACGUCGGAUGGCAAACGAGCGAGAUUUGGAAAAAUCCGAUUCUUUCAGUUUAAUGAACAUUACGUUCGACUUUAGCGGACAUUUUAUUAUGUAUCCUACAAUGCUGGGUAUUAAGUUGGUAAAUGUUGACACCAAUAGGUGUGUAAAAAUAAUUGGGAAAAAUGACAACCUGAGGCCGUUACAUCUAGCUCUGUUUCAGGGACGUGUGAAAAACUCUAAAGCUGCUAUAACAUUAGAACAGGAAGCAUCAGACAACCCGGCACUGCAAUCAAUUGUGAAUGAUCCUACGUUGUUCUGCACUGCUUACAAGAAACAACGGUUCUACUUGUAUAGCCGACGGUUACCAUCCGAUUUGCAGGAUGUUGAUCGUGAUGUGUUUAACGAAAAACCUUCGAAGGAAGAUAUUAUUUCAGUUACCGAGGGGCAAGGACCACAAAAAAUUUACGAUCACGCCGUUAUUCACACCACGAUGGGUGAUAUUCACAUGCGACUGUUUAGUAAGGAAUGUCCGAAAACGGUGGAAAAUUUCUGUGUGCACAGUAAGAAUGGUUACUAUAACGGCCAUAUCUUCCAUCGAGUUAUAAAAGGUUUCAUGAUACAAACCGGGGACCCAACAGGAACGGGAACCGGCGGACAGUCGAUAUGGGGUGGCGAGUUUAAGGACGAGUUCUGUUCAACCUUGAAGCACGAUCGACCGUAUACGAUCAGUAUGGCUAACGCCGGUCCGAAUACUAAUGGUAGCCAGUUUUUUAUAACUGUUCUUCCAACGCCCUGGUUGGACAACAAGCACACUGUUUUUGGCCGCGUACACAAGGGAAUGGAAGUAGUGCAGAAUAUUUGCAAUAGUAAAACAAACCCGAAAACCGACAAACCGUACGAGGAGAUUCGGAUAAUCUCAAUUAAUCUUUCGUAGAUAACGCGAUGGGCUGCUAGCAGUGAAGUAGUGUAGAGUAAGUGUGACAAGGGUUGUUUAUUAGCAUGUAAAUACAUCAUUAUACUCGACUGUA